GGGGAGGGAGGGAGGAAGGGAGGGGCGCGGUGCACAGCGGCCUUCCGCGGCCUCUGCACCGGGGUAGGCCGCUGCGCACGGGCUGCGGGGCGGGCCAGCGGCGCGGGGCUAACGGGGACCGCGAGUCCCGCACUAGCCGGAGCCGACUCGGCGCCCGAGGGAUCGGCGGGAAAUGGCGGACGAGGCGUUGUUUUUGCUUCUCCACAACGAGAUGGUGUCGGGAGUCUACAAGUCCGCCGAGCAGGGGGAAGUGGAAAAUGGACGAUGUAUUACUAAGCUGGAAAACAUGGGGUUUCGAGUGGGACAAGGAUUGAUAGAAAGGUUUACAAAAGAUACUGCAAGGUUCAAGGAUGAAUUAGACAUCAUGAAGUUCAUAUGUAAAGAUUUUUGGACUACAGUUUUCAAGAAACAAAUUGACAAUCUAAGGACAAAUCACCAGGGCAUAUAUGUACUUCAGGACAACAAAUUUCGACUACUUACUCAGCUGUCUGCAGGAAAACAGUAUUUAGAACAUGCUUCAAAGGCAAAUUUCAGGUGAUGAUCCAGAAGCUAUAGAGUGCAGUGAAGCACAGAGAGACUCUCCUGAACAAAAGUGUUGCAAGUCCCGAUUUCAGCUCAUCGUUGGCUGGCUGUGCUGGAGCAGCGUGUUAGUUCACCAGAUUCCUGUAGACCGAAUCCCAGGAGAUAAAAGGUCCUUCCACCUCGACACAGACUAACCGAGCUGUUCCAAGUGAUUGCAGUGAACUAGGCACCAGGAUGUAAAGCUCAUUAUUUUAAACAUCCUUAUUUCCUUAGUGUGAUAUGUAUUUAACCAUAGAUUGGGAAGUGAAACUCAGGGUGUGUUGAAUUUCUGUAUAGAAAAAUAUGCACCAAUCAGAAUAGUUUGUGUUCAAAUGACCAAAAUUUGUUAAAGUAUAAAUCUGUUUUAGUUAUUUAAAAAAACAAACCACUAUGCUAAAUUAAGCUUAAGUUUUAUUGUAUUGUUUAUAAUUUAUUUCUGUUAAGAGAAUUUGUAUGCUUAUAUAAGGAUUUCAUUUAUACAUUGUGUGUAUAUAUGUACAUAUAAAUACAUAUGUUACUGUCUAAAUUGCUUGAAAAUUUUAUUUUAUUUUAAUAGAUUUCAGUCCUUGAGACCUCCGUCGAUUAAUCAAAGUGAAAUGUAGGUUAGUUGAUAACUAGUGCCAGAGAAUAUUAGACUGGGAAGUAAUUUUUAUACUUACUUCUGAUCAUACUUUAUCCUUUUAAAACUAUUUCAUUUUAGUUUUGUGUGUGUGAGUAUUUCAAUUUUCCUGUCUGUUCUGUUGGUGAAACUUAGGUUGAUUCCAUAACUUAGUGCUUGUAAGUAGUGCUACAGUAAACACCUAUGCGCAAGGA